UCGAAGGUGAGCCAAUAAGAUAUAAACCCUCUGAAAUACAGCCCAAAACAUCAUGAUUCUCAUCUCUUGCUUUGCUUCUUCUUCACACACUACAAAAACAAGAUGACAUAACAAAUUCCGUCUCCGACUCUUUUGGAUCUUUGAGGCAUUCUACCUUGGAAUGUUUCUCUCGUGUUUCUCCACAAGCAUAGCUGAAAACACUCCUUUGCUUUACACUGUUACAUCCCAUUCUACGCUAUCUUAUUUCUUCCAUAUUUUCUGACAAACAUUGCUCGAAACCUAAAUAGAAAUGGCUAGGCUUCGCAGUAGCAAGCGCAAUUCUUCCUCUAGAUCAUACACAUCAACACUAACCACCAUAGCCUUCAUAGCAUUGUGUGCUAUAGGUGUUUGGAUGCUAACUUCAAACCCACAGGUUACUCCACAAACCACAACUCACGUCACCAAACCAGUCAUUACCACCACCACUGACAUUGCCGCCGACGCGGAUGUUUCAAUCUCCAAUGAGGUAGAACGCACUGAAUCCAGGAGCAAAAAGGACACCCAUGUUUAUGAAGACAAUCCAGGAGAUCUUCCCGAUGAUGCUAUCAAAUCCGACGAGCUUAAAAGCAAUGAUGACAGUGACAAUAAAGAAGAAAGUAACUACGGGAAACAGGAAACGGAUGGUGGUGAUAGUAAGCCUGAUCAAGAGAGCUCAUCACAGGAUUUAAAGGGAGAAGGAUCUGGUGAGGAGCAGCAGAAACAGGAGGAAAGACAGAAUCAGAUAUCUGAAGAAAGUUCACACACUCAAAACCGACAAGCUGAUCAAACCAGCCAAGAAAAUUCUCAAUCUGAAGGUAGCCAGGAAGCAAGUGUCAAUCAAGAACAAGAAAAAAAUACCAGCCAAGACGAAAAAACGAAUGACAAUCAAGAACAAGAGAAAAGUACAGUAUCUGAAACUGAUGAUAGUAAUUUACAUGAUUCUAUAAAUCAGAAUGAAGAACAAGAUCAAGCACUAGAGCAACAGCAACAGCAACUAGAAGAUGUCGAAAACAGUAGUAAGGAUUUACAGGAUUCUCAGAACCAAGAAUCAAAAGAAGACCAACAACAAGGCUCUGGACUCGAUGAAAACAAUCAAGAAUCUGAUCACAAUGAGAAAACAUAUGAAGAGCAACAGCGAGAGCAAAGAAUAGAAGAUACUGGAGGUCAGAAUUCUUCUCAAGAAUCCCAAAAGGAGGUAUCUGAAGAAGAUAAAAAACAAAGAAUACAGCAGCAGCACAAACAAGAUGUUGAAGAUAGUAGUAAGGAUUUACAGGAUUCUCAGAACCAAGAAUCGAAAGAAGACGAGCAACAACAAGGUUCUGGACUCAAUGAAAACAAUCAAGAAUCGAAUCAAAAUGAAAAAUCAUUUGAAGACCAACAACAACAAGAUAGUACUGUAAUCAAUGAAAGCAAUCAAGAAUCUGAUCAAAAUGAGAAAACUUAUGAUGAGCAACAACAAGAGCAAAGACAAGAAGAUACUGGGGUCCAGGAUUCUUCUCAAGAAUCCCAAAAUGAGGUAUCUGAAGAAGAUCAAAAAUAAGGAAGACAACAACAGCAGCAGCAGCAGCAGCAGCAACAAACACAUGAUCAAGAAACUGAACAAGAAUCUCAGAUGGAUAGCAACACAAACCAAGAAACCAAGCAGGAAUCAAGCUCGGGCGAGUCAGCAUUUCCAGGUGGCGGGAACCCAGGCAUACCAAAAGAAUCAAAGGAGUCAUGGUCAACUCAAGCAGCAGAGUCAGAGAAUCAAAAGGAGAGAAGGAAGGAGGAAUCGGACGGUAAUGAUAGUAUGUAUGGGUACACAUGGCAGCUCUGUAAUGUCACUGCAGGUCCUGAUUAUAUACCUUGUUUGGAUAAUGAAAAGGCCUUAAGACAACUACAUACAACAGGACACUUUGAACAUAGAGAGAGGCAUUGUCCUGAGCUUGGACCCACUUGUUUGGUUCCACUUCCUCAAGGUUACAAAAGACCCAUCACAUGGACUCAAAGUAGAGACAAGAUAUGGUAUCACAAUGUACCUCAUCCAAAAUUGGCAGAGGUCAAAGGUCAUCAAAAUUGGGUUAAGGUUACUGGUGAGUUCUUGACCUUCCCUGGUGGUGGAACGCAGUUCAUACAUGGAGCUCUUCACUAUAUUGAUUUUGUUCAACAGGCUGUGCCCAAAAUUAAAUGGGGAAAGCACACUAGAGUGAUACUGGAUGUUGGGUGUGGAGUUGCAAGCUUUGGUGGUUAUAUUUUUGAAAGGGAUGUUCUUACAAUGUCGUUUGCACCCAAAGAUGAACAUGAAGCUCAAGUCCAAUUUGCCCUUGAAAGAGGAAUACCUGCAAUAUCUGCUGUCAUGGGUUCCCAGCGUCUCCCGUUCCCCAGCAGGGUCUUUGAUCUCAUCCACUGUGCGCGUUGUAGAGUCCCUUGGCAUGCAGAAGGUGGCAAGCUACUUUUGGAAUUGAAUCGCCUUCUCCGGCCUGGAGGUUAUUUUGUCUGGUCAGCAACUCCUGUUUACCAAAAGCUUCAGGAAGAUGUGGGGAUAUGGCAAGCUAUGUCCGCGUUGACGGUAUCUAUGUGUUGGGAGCUUGUGACUAUCAAGAAAGAUAAACUUAACGGUAUCGGUGCUGCUAUCUACAGAAAACCUACCACAAAUAAUUGUUAUGAUCAAAGAAUCAAAAACAGCCCUCCAAUGUGUGAUAAUGAUGACGAUGCAAAUGCUGCCUGGUACGUGCCUCUGCAGGCAUGCAUGCACCGGGUACCUCGUUCUAAAUCUCAGAGAGGGGGUAAAUGGCCAGAGGAUUGGCCUGAAAGACUACAAAUACCUCCUUACUGGCUAAAGAGCUCUCAGAUGGGGAUCUAUGGUAAGCCAGCUCCUCAAGAUUUUGAAGCAGAUUAUGAACAUUGGAAACAUGUCGUCAGCAACUCAUACAUGAAGGGAUUGGGUAUCAGCUGGUCCAACGUCAGGAAUAUAAUGGAUAUGAGAGCCGUUUAUGGGGGGUUUGCAGCGGCUCUCAAGGAUCUUAAGGUCUGGGUGUUCAAUGUAGUGAACACAGACUCUCCAGAUACACUACCGAUAAUUUAUGAGAGAGGUCUUUUUGGGAUAUACCAUGAUUGGUGCGAAUCCUUCAGCACAUACCCUCGAACUUACGACCUCCUACAUGCUGAUCAUCUCUUCUCAAAGCUGAAAAAAAGGUGCCAGCUUGCUCCUGUAUUGGCAGAAGUUGAUAGAAUCGCUAGACCUGGAGGUAAACUGAUUGUUCGUGAUGAGUCACGUGCAAUUGAGGAAGUGGAGAACUUGCUGAAGUCUCUACAUUGGGAAGUUCAUCUAAUCUUCUCCAAGGACCAAGAAGGUUUACUCAUCGCACAAAAAGGUGAAUGGCGACCACAGACAUAUGCAGCUUCUUCCUGAUCAUGAAGAGAUACGACAUCUGGCUCAUAAUCGUGUGCUGCCCCUUCUGAAUGGCAACUUACUGUAGCACUUUGCUUUCUUUGGAAUGUAAAGUCUUCUUCUGAAAUACAGCUAGGUAAAUGUAUUUGUUGUUGCCUUGUAAAACUUACAGUACAAGAAUCUCUGCGUAGAAUUAUAAUAGGCCAACAGGCGAAAUUUUGCACCAGAAAGAUGGUCACUCGUAACAUGCAUGAUGGAGCUCCGGAAAAGAUUAUCACAUUACAAAUUCAUACAAUACAAACACAAGGAAUUAGACAAGGAAAAACAGUAGCCGGGACCAGAGAACCAAUAACUUCGCCACAUAGCUGCAUCCAUGAAUAUGGAACCUCAUUCACAAGUUCACAAACAUUAAUGGCCCCCCUUCAUCACUAACCUGGCCAUUUGCUGCAUCAAUGAACAUGGAACCUCACUCAAACCAACACUAAUGGUCCCCCUUCAUCACUUUGCAGAUCAUUAUGAAACUUGCGUAGCUUACAGAUAAAUGGACUGACUACCAGGGAUUGCGUAUGCAUACUAGGUAACCGUUAGCUACUAUAGUUCACCAUAAUCCAGCCAACUAUGGUAACACAGUUUUGCCAUCAAAUUUAAUCACUAUAUUGUUUGAUAGGAAAUCUGUUAAUGAUUCAAAACAAAAACUAUCACUAAACCUUCUUCAUUGCCAAUGCAACUUCCCUCACACACAUAGGAAAGGUCUAGCGAUAGAAAAACUCUUGCAAUGCAGAGCCAGUGUAUCCAUUACAGAAGGACCACAGAAUCAUUCAACAUCAGU